AUGGGAAAGCGCAAGAGUCUCAAGGACGCUGAUAACGACGUGUCCAUGGGCGACGAUGGGAGCGGUAGUGAAUCUGAUACCGAUCUCGUCAACGUCGAGUUUGAAUGGUUCGACCCCAAUCCCCAGGUUGAUUUCCACGGGCUCAAGACGCUGUUGCGCCAGCUCCUCGACACCGACGCAGAACUGUUCGAUAUUUCGGCGCUGGCCGACCUGAUUCUCUCACAGCCUACGCUCGGCUCGACGGUGAAGGUGGAAGGGAUGGAGACUGAUCCUUAUGCGUUUUUGUCGGUGAUUAAUUUGCAAGUGCACAAGGAUAAACAAGUAAUCAAAGACCUCAUAAGCUACCUCACCACCAAAUCCUCUUCGACUCCAACCCUCGCUGCGCUCUCCAAACUGCUCUCGAAACCUGAAAUCCCCGCCAUCGGCCUCAUCCUGACCGACCGCGUGAUCAAUAUCCCCGCACAAGUCAUUCCGCCCAUGUACACGAUGCUUCUCGAGGAAGUAAACUGGGCAAUUCAAGACAAGGAGCCGUACAAUUUCACACACUACUUGAUCCUGUCCAAGACAUAUGAAGAAGUCGAGUCAAAGCUCGACGCGGGGGAGUCGCGGCCACAGAAGAAAAAGAAGAAGAAUGCCGCCGCUGGAGGAAAACAGGAGAUGUUUUACUUUCAUCCGGAAGAUGAAGUGCUGGAAAGAUAUACGCUGUGUCAUGGGACCUAUGAUUAUACAAAGGAACAGGCCGAGGGAGCGUCGGAUUCGAAGAGGGCCUUUCAAGAAGUGGGCAUCCGGCCUGCAGGCUCUCUGAUGUUGAUUGAGGAGGGCAAGUUUGAAGAAGCUGUCAAGGCUAUUACAGAGUACGUGACGCCAUAG